AUGCCGCUCCAGCUCGCAGAAGUCACAUCUGACUCUGAUUUCGAUAUCAUAAUCCCCCUUCUGUGGCUCUCCUACGAGAGCCCUCGCAUUCCAUUCCUCCCUCUCCUUUUUCCAGUUGAGGACGAAAGCGCCGAGGCGCGUGAAAAAGCUGUUCAACGCACAAAGGAAAUAAUGAUACACAUGCAUCAUGCCGACCCAAGUAGCCAUUGGUUUAAAGUGACGGAUACCGACAGUGACACAAUAAUUGCCGGAGCACGCUGGCAUGUCCACGAAGUCGAUCCGUAUUCAGGCGCGCCCGAGAAACCAUUUGUCGUCACCUCAUGGCCGGACGGAGACCGUCGAAAAUUUGCAACCAUGAACAUAGGGCAGGUCAUACUUCCUCGGAUGAAGAGAUACAGGAGGCCCCACCUCAAUCUCCAAGUAUGUUUCACUCAUCCCGAUCACCGACGUCGUGGAGCCGGCAGUUUGAUCAUGAAUUGGGGCGUCAGCAAAGCGGACGACCUAGGGGUGCAGUCCUUCAUCGAAGCAACCGAGGUAGGAAAAGAGUUGUACGGGAAGUACGGAUUCGUCUUGGUCAGUAUCGACACCGUGGACACGAACAUCCCGGAUCCAAGUGAAGACUGGAAAGACAUGGAGAGGCGGUUCAAGGCAAAUCCAUGGUACUGCAUGUGGAGACCUGUCAAAGGGAAUUACGAAAAAGGGAAGACGAACCUUCCGUGGUAA